AUGAACUUUGCCACAAUAGUUGACUAUAUACUCAUAAUGAUCAUUGAUAUGACAAUGUCAUCAUCAUCCAUUUUUCAUGUGUUAAUAUCACUUCUUUUUUUUGUUUUGAUGCAUGAACCUACCCAUGCAAUUAAACAGUCAUAUAUUGUAUACUUAGGAUCACAUUCUUUUGGUCCAAAUCCUUCAUUACUUGAAUUGGAAUCUGCCACAAACUCUCACUAUGAUUUGCUUGGAUCUUACCUUGGAAGUGCCGAAAAGGCCAAAGAAUCGAUAAUUUACUCCUACAAUAGAAAUAUUAAUGGAUUUGCUGCAAUCCUCGACGAAGAUGAAGCAGCAGAGAUUGCAAAAAAUCCUGGUGUCAUAUCUAUUUUCUUAAAUAAAAGAUAUGAACUACACACAACUCGCUCGUGGGAUUUUCUAGGGUUAGAGAGAGGUGGUGAAUUUCCAAAGACUUCAUUGUGGAAGAAAACACUAGGCAAAGACAUUAUCAUUGGAAAUUUAGACUCAGGUGUUUGGCCGGAAUCUAAAAGUUUUAGUGAUGAAGGAUAUGGUCCAAUCCCAAAAAAAUGGCGUGGAAUCUGUCAAGUUACCGAAGGAAAUAAAGAUAAUUUUCACUGCAACAGGAAGCUAAUUGGAGCAAGAUAUUUUUAUAAAGGCUAUCAAUCAUCUCCUAUUAGAGAACCAAAUGAUACAUUUACAUUUGAUAGUGCCCGCGACACUGCUGGUCACGGUACACAUACAUUAUCAACUGCCGGAGGUAAUUUUGUUGCCGGAACAAGUGUAUUUGGUUACGGAAAUGGAACAGCAAGCGGUGGAUCGCCAAAAGCACGAGUUGCAGCCUAUAAAGUUUGUUAUGGUUCAUGUUAUGAAGCAGAUAUUUUGGCUGGUUUUGAGCAUGCCAUAAGUGAUGGCGUCGAUGUGAUUUCGGUGUCUUUGGGUGGUGCUCCUCAAGAAUAUUCCAAAAACAGUCUUUCCAUAGGUUCUUUCCAUGCAGUUGCUAACAACAUUGUUGUAGUAGCUUCUGGAGGUAAUUCAGGACCUAUUGCCUCUAGUGUAUCAAACUUGGAACCAUGGGUCUUCACAGUUGGUGCAAGCACAAUUGAUAGAAGCUUUACAAGUAAUGUUAUUCUUGGUAAUAAGCAAGUACUCAAGGGAGAAAGUCUUUCAGAGCUUCACUUACCCGCGAAGAAGUCAUACCCAUUGAUAAGUGGUGCUGAUGCGAAAGCUGACAAUGUAUCUGCCGUAGAUGCCGUUCUUUGCAAGGAAGGAACUCUUGAUCCUCAUAAGGUAAAGGGGAAAAUAGUGGUAUGUCUUAGAGGUGAGUCUAGUAGAGUUGAGAAGGGUAUGCAAGCUUCUAAGGCAGGGGCUAUUGGAAUGGUUUUGGUUAAUGAUGCUGCAUCUGGUGGUGAAGUUAUAGCUGAUCCUCAUGUCCUUCCUGCUACACAUAUUAACUUUACAGAAGGAGUUAACAUUUUUAGUUAUAUCAACAGCACCAAGUCUCCUGUGGCUUACAUUACUAAUGUUAAAACACAAUUGGGUGUAAGGGCUCCAUCUAUGGCUGCAUUUUCUUCAAGAGGUCCAAAUACUAUUGAGCCUACAAUCCUCAAGCCUGAUAUCACUGCACCAGGCGUCAAUGUAAUUGCAGCUUAUAGUUUAGCUGCAUCUCCUUCAGAAAAUGAAUCUGAUAAGCGAAGAGUUCCUUAUCUUACUAUGUCGGGCACUUCAAUGUCAUGUCCUCAUGUUGCUGGACUUGUUGGACUUGUUAAAUCUGCUCAUCCUAAUUGGAGUCCAGCUGCAAUCAAGUCAGCAAUCAUGACCACAGCAACAACAACAGACAACAACGGAGGGCAUUUACGUGAUUCACUAAAACAAGCAACUCCUUUUGCCUAUGGUGCAGGGCACGUUCGACCUAAUCAUGCUACAAAUCCUGGACUUGUUUAUGACCUAAACAUUACUGAUCAUUUGAACUUUUUGUGUGGUCAUGGAUACAAUAGUGCCCAACUUAAACCGUUCUACGGAAAACCAUAUACUUGUCCCAAAUCCUUCAAUUUGCUAGAUUUCAAUUAUCCAACCAUCACAAUUCCUGACAUUAAAAUUGGACAGUCUUUGACCGCUACUCGUACUGUAACCAAUGUCGGUUUGCCUAGUGAGUAUCGAGUGCUCAUCGAGGCACCCUCGGAAUUGCUAGUUUCAGUGGAGCCUAAGAGACUAAUCUUUAAGGAAAAGGGUGAGAAAAGAGAGUUCAAGGUUACAUUAACUUUGAAGCAACAAAGUAAGCAUAAGACUGAAUACGUCUUUGGAAAAUUGACUUGGACCAAUGGAAGACAUCGUGUUGGGUCUCCUAUUGUAGUAAAGUAUCCACAAUAG